GAUUAUGCAGUCUCUCUCGCUGAACAGCUCGGAUUAAGGGGCCCUCAUACGGGGAAACCGCUCGGGAAAUAUCUAAAGGAGGAAGAUCUCGUAAAACUACGAGACGAGCAAGUGUGCCAAUUCGAAUAUAUAUAUAUAUAUAUAUAUAUAUAUAUAUAUAUAUAUACACAUAUAUACAUAUAUAUAUAUAAGAAGUUUCAAAAAAAUGACACCUUGGCGGAAUUCAGCAAGUUUAAUACUGAUUGCACGUCACAGACAAAAUUGCAAGAAUUCAGUGUCGUCUACAGUUCACAACUACCAUCUAUUAUGCCUGAAACGUCAUCAGAACUCGAAUUUCAUGCCGCAGUCAUACGUUUUUCCUGGCGGUAACAUAGAUCCAGCUGACUCUGAUCCCAAGUGGUGCAAGCUCUUUGCCGCCUUUGGUUUCGAAAGUGACAGUUUUACGUCUCUGGUGCCGAAAGCUACGACGCGACCACAAAUCUUUCAAGCGCAGCAGAACGAACUGUCGAGGGAUAUUUCGCUACGGAUCACAGCGAUUCGCGAGACUUUCGAGGAGUGCGGAGUGUUGAUAUGUAGGCGAAAGGACGAUCGUGCAUUUUCCAUUUGGGGCCGACAUUUGUCAGUCCCCAAAAAGGAGCUGCAAAUGUGGCAGAGAGAAAUUCACAACAAUGCUGCAGAAUUCUUGACAUUCUGUCAAAAGUUGGAAUACUAUCCUGACUUGUGGGCAUUGCACGAAUGGAACAACUGGUUGACGCCUUCUUAUUCAUCGAGACGCUACGAUACUGCCUUUUAUCUGACUGGCCUACAAUCUCCACCUGAUACUGAGUGCGAAGCUAGCGAGAUAGAGGAUUUAAAAUGGGACACGCCAGAGAAUAUUUGGUCUGCGACGGAUAUUAUAUUGCCACCACCUCAACAGUGCGAGAUUCACAAGUUCAAGACGAAAUUUAAAGAUAUAGAUAAUCUAAUGGAUUAUGCUGUACAACGUGACAAAGCAGGCGUACAAUUGCAUUUUCCCGUGCUUGUAAAACUGAAGGAUGGCAUUGUGCAUGUUCUACCUGGAGACACGAUGUAUCCGCAGAAUAUUGAUCCGACCCAUAAACUAAUAAUUGAUAAAUCGGACAUCAGUAUGGAUGAUUUUAGAGAGAUGACACCAGUGAAGUACAGAGUGGAAACUCUUGAUGCACGAAUGACAAUAUUUGACACUGAUGACAAUCACUGAUGUAUAAACUUCAAGCAGCUGUACAUAUCACAGGAGUCUGGAAAGAUCAAGAAUGAGCUCUAAUAUAGAAACAAUAUUGCAUUACUCUACCAAUCAGGAGAAUAUUUUCGGAAUCUGGAAUGCUUAAACGAAUCUAUUGUUAUACCUGAUGAUGGAACGGCUUUGGUUUUGAAUAUGGUGAUUAUGAUGGUUAAAACAACAUAAGUCGACAUAAGUCAGUAAAGGAGAUUUCUUUCUCUGUUUUACUUGAUCUAUAUUGAAAAUAUAGCGAAUAUUAUUUGUAUGCGCGCAUGUGGUUAUUGGAACACAUUGAGAAAUUUUAUAGAGGUAUGUUAUGUACAAUCAUUUUCUACCUCAAAACUAUACACAUGUAGUUGUGUUAUGUAUUUUGCAAUGAAACAUGAGGUUUAUUAUGCCUUUUUAUUUGUGUCUA